CAUGGUAAUGGUGUUCGCUCCCCUAGUCGUCGUCUCCCCGUCCCGCUCCCCGCAACAUGCAAAGCGUUGACGUCCCCCUCGCAGCAACCUCCCCAUCUCCGUCCGCUGGAUCCGACCUCCCUCCCCCCCUUCCUUCCACCCCAAACAAAAACCCCACCGAACGAUCAAGAAUCGCUCUCCCAUCUCCACCUCCACCAUUCCACCAACGACUCGUCACCUUCACCUCUCCUAGCUAGCAGCUAGCUAGCCAACCUCCGUUCGCUUCGGUCCAGCGACGAGCGCGGCGUUGGGAUGAACGCCGGUGCCCCGCCGGCGCCCGGCCGGUUCACCCCGGGCGACGGCAACUCCGUGGGCAUGUUCAGCUCCGACCGCAUCGGCGGCUUCGGCUACGGCGUCGGCGUCUCCGUCGGUAUCCUCCUGCUCAUCACCACCAUCACGCUCGCCUCCUACUUCUGCACCCGCGUGCCGCCGCCCGGCCCGGAGGCCGCCGCCGACGCGGCGGACGGGACGGCGCGGCGGAGGCGGAGGCGGCGCCGCCUCGAGGGCGGCGGCGACAGCGAUGGCGGCGGGGGAGCCGGCGACGACGUCGACGUGGAGCUCGGCAUCGACGAGGCCACGCUCAAGGGGUACCCGGAGGUGGUGUACGGCGAGGCGCGGAAGAGCAAGAACAGGAAGCUGGGCACCACGUGCACCUGCUGCUCCGUAUGCCUCGACAACUACGGCGACGGCGACGUGCUCCGCAUGCUGCCGGACUGCGGCCACCUGUUCCACCGGGAGUGCGUCGACCCCUGGCUCCGGAAGCACCCGACCUGCCCCGUCUGCCGGACCUCGCCGCUGCCCAGCCCCUUGCCCACGCCGCUCGCCGAGGUCACGCCGCUGGCCAUGACGAGGCUCUCCUCCUGACACCACACCGAGGUUCUUGGUCGGUUUUAAUUUUCUUUCUCUUUUUUUUUCUUAAUUUGGAAAACUGAUAUCGGAGGAAGAAAAAUUGAUCGGGUUAGGAAUUAGAACCUUCUUUUGUUGGUCUGGGUACAAAUUUGGUUUCAGCUUAGUUUCACGAAGUCAGCCUAGCAUUCUGUCCUGAUACAAAUGGUUGAGAAUUCCCCGAUCAAAAGUUCAGAACAUAUGGUCAACGAGGGAUCAUUACUUGAUACUAUUAGCAAGUUGGGUGUAGAAUUGUAAA